GCGAUAUCAAACAGAUAGUGCCGAAUGAAAUACAACAUCCAGAACCAAGACUGAGUUAGCUGAUGGCUCUGUAGAUUGGGAUAUCUUGUUGCCGGAUUCUCAUUGCUGAAAUGAUGACAUCCGAGAGAUAGGCUAGGUCUGAGACCAGAGCAACGGCGUAUUGCCUUCUCUGCUUGAUUACUGGCAAUCGUGAAAGUGAGGAACUGGCCAGCCUUCGAACCGCCUUUUGAAUCCCUCGUCCAUCAUUUUGGGGAGGCCGGUGCGUAUGACGAGGAACUUCAAAGACUCUGGCGGGGGAGAGGUGCUGUGGAAUUCAGAAAGCCCUCACGUCUGAUCGCAGGAGGUUGAAUGGUGUGAAACCAUGUACAGCUGACGUCCUCGAGUUGAGCAUCACCUCUAUCCUUGAACGCAUGAGGAGCGAUCGAAAUGAUACACAUGUCAACCAUGAGAAGAUGGGCGGGGGCAUUGAUGGGAUUAUUGCAUAUGAUAUCAUACUUCCAAUUAAAGGGACGAAGCGAACCUACUCGUACUUAGUUAGGUCAUGCCGUGGAGGUUAGACUGUUCUCAAAUCCGGGGGCGAAUUGGCCUCUCGGCCAUGAUAUCAUCGCCUAAAAAGGGACAGCCCCGAUCCCUGUGAUUAUAUCAAGGCCAGACCGAUCGGAUUACUAUCACAUUUGUAUGGGUUAUGUCAGCAAGGCUACUCGGAGACACGGUCGAAUGCAUGAGAAUGUGAUGACUCCCAGACAGUACUCUGUAUGUAUAAAUUGACUCAUCACGUGUCUACUGGCCAAUGGUAUUCCUAGCACGUGGCAAAAGAUGACCCUCACUUGCUACUUGGCUGACAACCUCAUCCUUUUGGGUCGCCUCGCAAGGCUUCCCAACUAUUCCAUGAACCUCACCGACCAAGGCACCAGAGCAUCUCUCCUCGGCGAGAUAUGGCUAGAGUUUACCAUGAGCAAAGACUAGUUUCUCUCCACGAAACUUUGAUAUUUUCUCCCCGCCAAACGUAGACGAGAGAAACAAACCUUGUGGUUCCGUGGAGGGCCAUGACAGUAUGGCCGUACUUGGUUCUCGGAAGCGGGCGGAAGGCAAGGCUAGUGUGCCACAUGUCUGAUUCGCCUCGGGAGUGAUUAUCUAGGAUACACAAAACAUGUCUACAGGCAUUCUCGGCCCUUCGGAUUGGAUGAUGCCGACUUGAUGCGCACAUUGUCGACGUAUCCCCGUCGGUUUCCAAGGCUAGGCGCUCCAGGCGCUCCAGACAUGCACGAAGCGGAUCACCGCAACGUGAACCCCGAGUUGUGACUUUUGGAGACCAAACAGAAUGCGAUGCCCGAUGGAAUCCAAAAAGUCAGCAGGCCAACGGACGUAAUGGAUUUCCGCCCCUGGCCCAGGCCGGACCAAGCGACUUGGACACUCUAUCACCGACCCAGCCCAAGGGCAAUUUCAGUCAGCUGAUGGGUCAAUGACAGUGAUUAAUACAUGGGAUAAGCAUGUGUGUUUGACAAAAGCGGAGAAGAGGGAAGAUAUAGAACCCCGACCGAGGACCCGACCCAGCCUCGCAUUAUCCCAUCACCACACACAGAAUUACCAGUAACCAUCCAUAUUCACCAAUCAAAGAAAGCCUCAGGCCCGACCCUCAACAAGUGACCUUGAAGAGAAGAAUCAAAACGUCACAUCACUCCUGCUACUAUCAGCAGCGACAGGAUACAACACACAGCACACAGCACACAGCCCAGACGAAAAAAGUCAGGAAACCAAUGCCUGUGUCGUACGAGACGACACGACUAAGCACAGAGACGACGAUUGACAAGAUGCCGGUGCUCAUCACGUACGCGACGACACGGGGCUCGACCAGGGAAGUGGCAGAACGGAUUGCGGCACGAUUACACGCGGACGGGUUUGCAGUGGACUGUCGACCAGUGGACCAUGUGUACAGUGUGGACAAUUACAGUGCGGUGAUUCUGGGCAGCGCGGUACACUCGCACCGCUGGCUGCUCGACGCCGUCAAGUUUCUCGACAUCGAGGCUAUGGGUCUGCAAAAGCGGCCGGUCUGGACCUUCAGCGUUAGUAUGGCCCCGGCUAGUGGACCUCGCUGGAUGCGCAGUAAGGUGGUCCGCAAGGAAUCACAAGCUAUCGUCGACUCGGUCGCUAGAAAAGUUCCAAAGGUCAGAGACCACCAUUUGUUUGCCGGCAAACGCGAGCGCUCCCACACCUCCUUCCCAGUCCGUGCCCUCUAUACUUGCAUUGGUGGGAGCCUCGGUGAUCUGCGCGACUGGGACGACAUCGAUUCCUGGACAAAGACCAUUGCCAAGCAGUUGGCAGUGGAGAUUUCGUGAAACAAAGCCCAUGAGGGUGUGAGAGGACUGCAUGAUUGACAUUGACUGAGAGAAGCGCUUGGGAUGAUUUGAUACCCAGAAUGUGGAGUCACGUGCCGGGGCGUUUGAUGCAUUUGGGAACACGACACAUGACGAGACGACAUUGGAUUAAGGGCAAGGGCUUGACAGAAUGGAGAGAGCGAGUGGGGAGGAUCAUGACUUGUAUGAUGCCCGAAGCGGGCGGGAAAAGUCAGGAGUUGCAAUUGACACACCCACUACCCGUGGCACACAUGCACAGGAUAACUCCAACAUACAAUCUAACAUCAUCUGUACAAUGUUUUUCAACGCACAAAUCACACAGUCUGGACUGGACUAUGGCGCGAAACUCGAUCGAAUUUCCAGCUUCUCAGUUCUUCGGCGUAUGGACACAGGAUUUGAUCAAUGGUCCUGGCAUAUCUAUCUAUUUUGAGGCACGUGACCACAGUAGUUCCGUAUCUUCCUGUUGGGAGGAAACCUGUUGAAUGUCAAUGCCUGCACAGCGUGUCAAUAAUGAUAUCCAAGCGAAAGCUUUGAUGCUCGAUAUGGAGACCCCCCACAUCUCGUCUGCCCCACAUCAACUAGGUUGGUUCCCUAAUUGAUGCACUUCCAGUUGCAG